CCCCCAGCUGUUUCCUGUCUACAGUGUCUGUGUUUUGUAGAUAAAUGUGAGGAUUUUCUCUAAAUCCCUCUUCUGUUUGCUAAAUCUCACUGUCACUGCUAAAUUCAGAGCAGAUAGAGCCUGCGCAAUGGAAUAAAGUCCUCAAUAUUGAAAUGUGACAUUGCUCUCAACAUCUCCCAUCUCUCUGGAUUUCUUUUUUCUCAUUAUUACUGCUAACCAAUUCAUUUCCAGACUUUGCACUUAAGAAGCAAUGGAAAAAAUCAACAGCCUUUCAACACAAUUAUUUAAGUGCUGCUUUUGUGAUUUCUUGAAGGUGAAGAUGCACACUGUGUCCUACAUCCAUCUCUUCUACCUUGCCCUGUGUUUGCUAACCUUAACCAGCUCUGCUACGGCUGGGUCAGAGACGCUUUGUGGUGCCGAGCUGGUGGAUGCUCUUCAAUUCGUAUGUGGAGACAGAGGUUUCUAUUUCAAUGAGAACAGGAGAAUUAACAGAAGACUGCAGAAAAUCACAGACAAGAUAAUGCUACCUACAACCAAUAGAGGUAAGCCCACGGGGUAUGGAUCCAGCAGUCGGCGUUUGCACCACACGGGAAUAGUGGAUGAAUGCUGCUUCAGGAGCUGUGACUUGAGGAGGCUGGAGAUGUACUGCGCCCCCAUCAAACCGGCCAAGUCAGCACGUUCGUAUCAACCAGCUAUUUCCCCAUCUACCAACAAGAAAAAGAAGGCUGAAAGGAGAAGGAAAGGUGGGACAAAGAAACAACAAAGAGGGGAACAGAAUCAGGGGACAGAAGAGAGACAGCAGAGCAAAGAAAAGAAGAAAGAGCAGAGAAGGGAGACUGGAGAUAGGAAUACUGACCAGAGGAAUAAAAGGAAAAUGGAAGGAAGGAGUAAACAUACAGAGGCAAGGAAGAUGAGAGAGAAACAGAAAGAAUAAAGAAAUUCAGGAAAUAUAUAGAGAGAAAAUGAAGAAAAGUAGAAUUUAUGGAGAUAGGUAAUAUAUGAUGAGAGCAGGGAAAUGAACAU